GCAACUUCCACCGAAUCGUCUUACCAUGCACAGUCUAGAGUCAGUCAUGGAGGAGGAGAAGAUGAAGAGACCCUGCAAAGCUCAUGUUCUGGUCCUCCCUUAUCCUGCACAAGGACACAUCAGCCCGAUGCUCCAGUUCGCCAAGCGCUUAGUCUCCAAGGGUGUCCGAGUGACUCUCGCCACCACCGUCUUCGUCGCCAAAUCCAUGCACGCCGCCCUGAACGACUCCAUCGGCAUCGAGACUAUCUCAGACGGAUUCGACGAAGGUGGAUCUGCACAGGCAGAGAGCAUUGAGGCAUACUUGAGGAGCCUCCAAGCUGUUGGAUCGAGAACCCUGGCGGCGCUAAUCAAGAAGCUCGACAAUUCGGGUGACGCCAUCGAUGCCAUCAUCUACGACGGCUUCCUUUCUUGGGCACUCGAUGUGGCAAAGCAGUUUGGGAAGUCAGGAGUGGCGUUUUAUACCCAAGCUUGUGCCGUGAACAACGUGUAUUACCACGCAUACCAAGGUCUCCUUCCUCUUCCGCUGUCAGGGACAACAAUUUCGCUUCCCGGGUUGCCGCCUCUUGAGCCGGCAGAGACACCAUCGUUCCUGUAUGUCCUGGGGUCGUACCCGGCUUUCUUCAACUUGAUCGUGAAUCAAUUCUCGAACAUCGAUGGAGCGGAUCUUGUGCUGUAUAACUCAUUCUAUGAGUUGGAGAAGGAGGUGGUAGACUACAUGGCCAAGCUCUGGCCACUGAAGACGGUUGGCCCGGCAAUUCCAUCGAUCUACUUAGACAAGAGACUCCAAGACGACAAGGACUACGGCAUCAACCUCUUCAGGCCCGACACAGAGAGUUGCCUAAGCUGGCUCAAUGACAAGCCCAUCAACUCCGUCAUCUACGUAUCGUUCGGAAGCAUGGCUGAGCUAGAAACAUCCCAAAUGGAGGAGCUCGCAUGGGGCUUGAGAAACUCCAACAGACACUUCCUGUGGGUGGUCAGGGAGUCGGAGACGGCGAAGCUCCCUCCCGGGUUUGCGGAGCAGACCCGCUCUGGGAUGGGGCUCCUCGUGCCCUGGGGACCACAGCUGGAGAUCUUGGCCCACAGGUCGACCGGAUGCUUCGUCACGCACUGUGGAUGGAACUCGACCCUCGAGGCUCUGAGCCUUAGGGUGCCCAUGGUGGCGAUGCCACAAUGGACGGACCAGGGCACAAAUGCGAAGUUCGUGGAGGACGUUUGGGGAGUGGGGGUUAGGGCUUCCAAGGACAAAGACGGGAUCAUCGUGAGAGGGGAGAUAGAGAGAUGCAUAAGGGAAGUGAUGGAGGGAGGAAAGGGUAAAGAGAUCAAGAGAAACGCAGAGAAAUGGAGGGAGUUGGCCAAAGAAACAGUUGACGAAGGUGGGAGCUCGGACAGGAACAUCGAUGACUUUGUGCGUAAAUUAGUUAGCUUGACCUAAGGUUCUAUCUUAUAUUAGACUUGACAGUUCUCAGGAGAACAAGUUCUGCUGAUAUUCAAAAUCA